UCAGAAAGAUAAAAGGAGCGCGCGCGUGUGUGCGUGAAGUAAAAGGAGUGUGCGCGCGCGCGAGCGCGAGUGUGUCUGACUAUCCGUCGUCCCCGGUCGCAUCUCGGAGCCACUUCCGCCCCACGUGAAUGAUGGCGGCUCUCUUGAUGGAGCGACUGUCGGAAUCUUUAGGUUCCCCGGAACCGGCGGUUCGGCUCAUUUUAUCCAUUUUAAUCGGGUACCCCUGUGCCCUGGUGUACCGACGGUUCUUUUUCCACCAGUCUGCCACCAUUGUUCAUUUAUUCCACACCUUGUCUGGACUGGCUCUAGCAGCAUUCAACUUUGGCUCUCAGCUCUGUCACUCCGCAGUAUGCAUCUUUGUCCAGUUCCUGAUGCUGAGGCUCAUGGGAAGGACAGUAACAGCCGUCCUAAGCAGUUUUAUCUUUCAAAUGGUGUACCUGCUGGCAGGGUAUUACUACACGUCUACAGAAGAGUACGAUAUCAAGUGGACCAUGCCCCAUUGUGUCCUCACGCUCAAACUUAUUGGUUUGUCGCUUGAUUACUAUGAUGGCGGGAAGGAACCAUCAAAGCUGAGUGCGGAGCAGGUGAAGGGAGCCCUGCCGUUUGUGCCCUCGCUGCUGGAGGUGUACGGCUUUUCGUACUUCUACGGGGGCUUCUUGGUGGGGCCCCAGUUCACACUACGCAGCUACAUGAGGCUGGUGGCGGGGGAGCUCACCGACUGCCCCGGGAAGCCCCCCAACAGUGUUGUACCUGCUAUGACAAGGUUUGCGCUGGGUGUUCUCUGCCUGGUCAUAUAUACAAUAUUCAGUCCACAUUACCCUGACAGCUACUUCCUAACAGACGAGUAUGAGGCCCAGCCAUUCUGGUAUCGCUGUGUGUUCAUCCUCCUCUGGGCAAAAAUCAUUCUGUAUAAAUAUGUCAGCUGUUGGGUCAUAGCAGAGGGUGUAUGUAUACUCUCCGGGCUAGGUUACAAUGGUGUGAGUGAAGAUGGGAUGCACCAGUGGAAUGCCUGUGCCAACAUGAAGGUGUGGCUGUACGAGACGACGCCUCUCUUCACGGGAACCAUCGCUUCGUUCAAUAUAAACACCAACGCCUGGGCAGCCAGGCAUGUGUUCAAACGGUUGAAAUUUCUGGGCAAUAAGAUUGUGUCUCAGUUGGCAACACUGCUGUUCCUCACCAUCUGGCAUGGCCUGCACUCCGGCUACCUCCUGUGCUUCUCUAUGGAAUUCAUUAUCGUCACAGUGGAGAGACAGGCCCAGGCAUUAGUCAGAGACAGUCCCACUCUGAGCAAGCUGGCUAAUAGCCCCCUAUACCCUGUCAUCUAUGUGGUCCAGCAGUUUAUCCACUGGCUCUUCAUGGGUUACCCGCUGGUGCCAUUCUGCCUGUUCACCUAUGACAAAUGGCUAAAGGUGUAUUCAUCUGUUUACUUCUGCGGUCACCUAUUCUUCUUAGUAGCCUUUUUAAUCAUGCCAUACGUCCGCAAGGCGCUGGUACCUAAGAAAGACGAGGGGGAGAAGAAGCAGGACUAAGACUCUAAACUGAUCUCUCCACAGAGCUGUAUAUUCACCCAGGAUGCAACUUAAGGGAACUGUGACUUAAGGAAAACCAGAUCGGAGAACAUUGAAAGGCCUUCUGUAAUAUAUAUAUAUAUAUUAUACAACCUGUAAAAAAAAAAGUUCUUUCUAUAUAUUUUUGUGUUCUAAAUGGGGCGGGUGUUUUUACAAACAUUUGGAGAAAUGUUUACAGGAAAUGACCAUUGUGCCACCUGGGUAAUUGUGAGCCAAUCAGGGGUAAUUUCCUGUUUGUUCUGAAGUAUUGCACUCACCGGUCACGGGUUUUUGGGGGUCAGUGGCUGGCUCUGGUGUUUCAGUCUCAGUUCAAGCCCUCGCUUUCAGCGGUGAACAUUCUCAGGGCCGAGUUUCAGGCCCUACAUUGACGUAUUUGGCACUUUUAAAUGUAUUAAUAUGAGAUGCAAACAACUUUCGGGGAGGAAAAGGUUGCUGCUCUGACAGGAAUAAUAAUAUUUGAUUGAGGC